AGAAUCUUCAUUCGUUAUCAUCUCUGCGGUCCACGUGGAAGCUGUGGAUUCGUUUUCUUCGCAGCCGCCGAACAUCCGACAAGCGUUCUACGUACAGGCGCGCAUUUCGUCGGCGGCGUCGCGCGUCCCUCGUAACGAGCACAAAAUUAAGUGGUGGGGUGAAGAGGGAGUAUAGCGUUCGGUUUUGCCGUUCUUGCUGAUGUGGAAGCCCAGAAGUCGUGCGAAGAGAAGUCUCGCAAUUCGAAGUGUCUGUUUCACGGGGAGACGUCGCUCGUCCUGACACUCGAGAGUUCCUCGCCGAGUCUCUUAGUCAUCGCUUUCUUUUCUUUUUUUUUUCCACGUCGUUACGUCCUCGUGGAAUACGAGAACUCAUGUUUUUCCAAAUACUAAUUGGUUUCUCCGUGCUGGCAACGGCAAUCCCCAAGCCAGACAGCGAACAUCGUGUCCUGGACAAGGAUGUAAGCGGUCAGGACCAUUAUAUAAACAAACAGCACAAUCCAGUCUACGAUCAUGAAGCCUUCCUGGGAGAAGAAGCUAAAACCUUUGAUACACUUACUCCUGAGGAAAGUACCAGGAGGCUAGGGAUAAUUGUUGAUAAAAUAGACAAGGAUAGUGAUGGCUACGUAACGCAUGAGGAGCUUAAAGAUUGGAUAAUGUACACGCAACAACGUUACAUUAGGGACGACGUUGAACGUCAGUGGAGAUCGCACAAUCCACAGGAAAAAGAGAAAUUGUCCUGGACGGACUAUAAACAUAUCGUCUACGGCGACAUAGACGAAAAUGAGAAAGAGAGACAGAAUCCGGACGACGAAUCCUUUUCGUAUUUUCAAAUGCUCAAGAGGGAUCGCAGAAGAUGGACUGUUGCGGAUCUAGACGGUGAUGAUCUGCUGACCAAGGAGGAAUUCACAGCCUUCCUUCACGCGGAAGAUGCUGAGCAUAUGAAGGAUGUGAUAGUGCUGGAGACGAUGGAGGAUAUCGAUAAGGAUGGUGAUGGCAAGAUAUCUCUUAUAGAAUAUAUCGGUGAUAUGUACAAUGGCGACGAGAAUGAGGAGGAGCCAGAAUGGGUGAAGAAUGAGAGAGAACAGUUUUCCUCUUACAGAGACAAGGAUGGGGAUGGAUUCCUAAAUGCUGACGAGGUGAAAACAUGGAUUAUUCCUGCGGAAUUUGACCACGCAGAGGCAGAAUCUAGGCACUUAAUUUAUGAAGCGGAUACGGACGCUGAUCACAAGCUCACGAAGGUCGAGAUAUUGGAGAAAUAUGAUGUUUUCGUAGGAUCUCAGGCGACAGAUUUUGGUCAGGCGCUAACAAGGCAUGACGAGUUUUAACGUGAAAUGCAAUUUCAUAAAAAAACGUUAUUAACGAACAAAUUACUUAUAACGGUCUACUUAAGAUCCUAUAGCUUGUAAAUUAACGAAGGAGAUUGAUUUAUUUAUCUAUUUACUUUAAUGAAUAUGUGUUUCUUUUUAUAUAUCGUUGGUAUUUACAUAAUUAGUAACAUAGAGAAAAAAAAAGAAAUGCAUGAAAUCCGCCAAAGCUUAUAAGGAUUAAUUAGCUGUUGUUGCAAUAAAUUUUUUAUAUUGUCAUUCUAUUAA